UUGACACAGAAGUACCGUGGCUGAACCUGGUUUGGUCAAUUGUAACACUCAGGAUGUGACUGGUGGGGAGAACUCGGCACUGAGAAUGCCAUUGACUGCUAAGAGCCAGUGUUUCCACCUCUCUUGUUGAAGGUUGUCACUCCCUGGCACCUUUAUAGUGUGAAUAGACUUCUACUAAUUAGCACACACCUGAAUGCUAUCUACAUCUUGCUGCAUAUAAGUAUCAGGACUGCCUCAUUUAUUCACUAAUUGCAGAUGGAAUUACACAAUCAUCGAUAGUUGAAUAGAUGCACUAGAGAUUACUUCUCAAAAUAUUGCCACCAACCGCCUUCUGUGUACAUGAGUCACCAGAUUAAAGCUUUGCUGUUCAUUAAUCAGUCAGAGGUUGAAAUUGUUAUCGAGCCACCACAAAAAUGACAAUGUUUUUAAAAUAGUAUCUCAAAGAAAGAUUUGUUUUCACCCCAAGGCAUUCAGCUGAAAAGUAAUCAGAUGUGAAAUCUUUUAACUCUUCCCAAAUGUUGCAGAGGACCAUAUUUUAUUUUCCAAGUCUGAGUGAAAUGUGUGCACCAAUUCCAUGGACAGGCGUUCAAGUCAAGUGUUUUAUUGUCAUCUGUCCCAGAACAAUGAAAUUCUUGCUUACUUACAUACAUUCAGUUGAGGGUGGUGAUAAUGUGCUACAAGGGAAUGUAAGGAUCUGCCUAUACGGAUUCUCUGGAACAAAUGAGAUAGGAGAGAUUUAAAGUAAGUUACUGGGAUAUCAUAAGGAUAGAGAGAGGGAAUUAAAUAAAAAGUAAGUAAAUUUCACACAUCUUGAGAUAAAAUGGAUUAUUUCUUUCAACCCAGAUUUACAGUUCUAUUUUCUCUUGGAUAAAGUGAAUAAAUGCAAGUGAGAGCAAAAGAAUGAGCGAGUACAUGAGUCUUGUGGGCAUGCUUGAAUAAGAGGGCACAAAUGAGUGUUGGAGAACGAUACAGAGUUUAUGUCAGUGUGUUAAACUAAGUGAAUACAAAAGUAAAAUGGGUGAAGAAUGUGCAAACCAUUGAGAGAGAGAGAGAGAGAACAAAGUGAAUGAGGGAUAGUGUGAUUGCUUGAAAGAUUAAAAGGAUUGUGAAAAUACAAGAAUGUGAAUCUGAAGGAGCUGGACUAAGUUCAAUACUGUCAACAGGUAAUGAUGCAAGCAACUGAGUGAUGUUUAUGAGGAACGGAUCUCGGAGAGAAGUUUGUGAAUACGAAAGUGAAUAUGAACUAGCAAAAGGAGGAACAUGACAGUGAAUUAGUGCUUGUGGAAGCCAAUGAAAUUAUUUUAGGCUUGUUAUUACUGAGUAAAAUAUGACAGCCACUGAAUUGAAUUUAAUGUAUUUAAUGCGCUUAAUACGGUUUUUUAAUCUUAUGAACCAGCACAUUGCACAUUUUAUCCCAAAGGUGUGGGACUCUGGGUGCGUAGAAAUAGUUUUCAUUGACUAGGACUAUCAUCUUCAUCUGCAUGUAUGCACAUAGAUACGCGGGCUCACACACAUAGCCAAAGGUACGGAUAUAAAAUGACAUACAAAGGCACAGAGACAAAUACAUAUACAACGCAUACAAAAAUAGAUAGUCACGCAGACAUUAAGGCACACAGACAAGACUUGGACAACACACAUUUGCACACAGACAGAUAGAAAGGUAUACACGUAUAAAUACUCUCACGCCCCUAAGGACGGAAUGAUUGACGGCGCGACGCUAGGAAGAGAGUUCUCACAAAGCCGCAUGUGUGUGCGAGAGAGAGGGAGGAAGUUAGGACACCGACACUGGUGCUCAGUCAGUUUAGUGCUGCAGACAGUGCACAGGCAACACAUUGCAGAAGAAGGGAAUUAGCAACAGCGAGACUUUGAGCACUACUUGCAAACUUAACAACUGCAGACAGAAACAGAGACGAGUUGUUGCAGCUCACAGGACGGCGAGUGUGGACUCUACUUCAGUGCUGCAAGCCGCCAGACAGAGGGGGAGCGAGCAGAGCAGAGCCGGCUCCUGCACCCCGGCUCAUUGCGGACGGACGGCGGCUGGAGGUGGCGCUUGCAGCCGGGGUGUUGGUGACCGGCCAAGGCAUCUCUUCUUCCCCAUGUACCUGUCAGCACCAGCCGGCUUCCUCCUGCGUUACAGCCCUAUCGGGAAACUCGGGGGGUUGGCAAGCAAGCCUUCUAUCUAUUGAAGUUAAUAUUAUUCCUCCUCCCCAAAUGAAAACCAUAUCAGGGGGCAACAUUUAAAAGAACACUUUCUUUAUUCCCUUUUGGUGAUAGCACACACAGAAAUGCAGGUCCUGGAGGUUACAAUGGGCUCGUUGCCGGUUACUGACAGAGAGUCGUUCUACAGAAGAGUGCUUGCAGUUUCCUACCUUCUGCUACUGAUGGGACUUAUCAAGAGCGACUGCGCUGUUGAGGCGACCCGUGUCGCUGGAAGCGAGAGGACAGUCCAUCAGGUGUCACCGUUGGAGCCGCCGGUGUUGGGUUACAAUAGCGAUUAUCAAAUUGUGACUCCGUAUGAGGCUGACAGCAGUGGCGAUUACAUCUCUCACAUGGUAAUCCAUCAGCAACGAAAGAAGCGGUCGACUUAUCUUGGUGGUGAAUCUCUUUACUUCAAACUCAAUGGAUUUGGUCAGGAAUUUCAUGUGGAGCUAAGGACUUCAGAAGGCCUAAUUCCUCCUGGAUUUAUGGUUCAGACUUUUGGGAAACGAGGCUUGAAAUCCGUGGAGCAUUAUCAACCAGAGGAGCUGUGCUUCUACCAAGGCGCUCUAAUGUCGCACAACAACUCUUCAGUGGCACUUUCCACAUGCAAAGGCUUGUCUGGUUUGAUAAGGACCGAAGAAGCCGAUUACUUUUUGACUCCACUACCUCAGCACCUUGCACUUAAGCACAAUUACACAGCGCCUGAUGGGCACCAGCCGCAUGUCCUCUACAAGAGAUCUGCAGAGCCCAAAGUGCCUUUUCUGUAUAACGAGAUUUCCAUGCAGCAGAGGCCACAGGCAAUUGAACAAAAUGACCAUAAACAUCACCAGCAACAUCGGCACCGUAAUGACUACAAGCACGGACAGCUACAAAAGCAACACUACUGCGGAAGACGCAAGAAAUAUAUGCCUAAACCUCCAGGAGCAGAUAUGUAUAUUUUACCAGACGAGUAUGGACGCCUGCCCAGAAUCAAACGUUCCUUGUUUAAGAUGCGUAAAAAUCAAAAGCUCAAUGUGGAAACCCUGGUUGUGGUAGACAAGAAAAUGAUUGAGAACCAUGGCAAUGAAAAUAUCACCACUUAUGUCUUAACUAUACUAAAUAUGGUAUCCACCCUGUUCAAAGAUGGUACAAUUGGAGGCAACAUAAAUAUUGUGAUAGUUGGGAUUGUCCUCCUGGAAGAUGAUCAGCCGGGUCUUUUAAUAAACCACCAUGCAGACCGCACUUUGAACAGCUUCUGUCAGUGGCAGUCGGGAUUGGUGAGCAAGGAGGGUAAUCGUCAUGAUCAUGCCAUUCUGUUGACAGGCCUUGACAUUUGUUCUUGGAAGAAUGAGCCCUGUGAUACUUUAGGUUUUGCACCCAUCAGUGGGAUGUGCAGCAAAUACCGCAGUUGUACGGUCAAUGAAGAUACGGGAUUAGGACUGGCAUUCACAAUUGCUCAUGAGUCUGGGCACAACUUUGGCAUGAUUCAUGAUGGAGAAGGGAAUGUAUGCAAGAAGUCCGAGGGUAACAUCAUGUCACCAACACUUGCUGGUCACAACGGAGUCUUCUCAUGGUCAGCCUGCAGUCGACAAUAUCUUUACAGGUUUCUGAGUUCUUCCCAGGCAACUUGUCUUGCUGAUGAACCAAAGCCAACAAAGGAGUACAGAUACCCGGACAAGCUGCCAGGAGAGCUCUAUGAUGCUGACACACAAUGCAAGUGGCAGUUUGGGGAGAAGGCCAAAUUGUGCAGACUGGAUUUUAAAAAGGACAUUUGUAAAGCACUUUGGUGUCACAGAAUUGGCCGAAGAUGUGAAACAAAAUUCAUGCCGGCUGCUGAGGGAACCAUUUGUGGGCUCGACAGGUGGUGCCGUCUUGGACAAUGUGUGAAGCACGGGGAUUCGGGGCCAAAACCAAUAAACGGGCGCUGGUCAAACUGGUCCAUGUGGUCACCUUGUUCAAGGAGCUGUGGAGGAGGAGUGAUGAGCAGAGAACGUCACUGCACAAGUCCAAGGCCCCAGUAUGGAGGAAAAUUCUGUGAUGGUGGCACUCGUAUGUACAAGCUCUGCAAUAAUCAAAAUUGCCCCAAUAAUAGUGUGGACUUCAGAUCGCAGCAAUGUGCUGAAUACAAUAGCAAGCCAUUUCGAGGGUGGUACUAUAGUUGGAAGCCAUAUGUGCAUGUUGAAGACCACGAUCUUUGCAAACUCUACUGUGCUGCAGAAGACUUUGACUUCUUCUUUGCUCUUUCAAGUAAAGUCAAAGAUGGAACACCAUGCUCAGAGGAAAGAUCUGAUGUGUGUAUAGAUGGCAUAUGCGAGGCCGUUGGAUGUGACCGUGUUCUCGGUUCUAAAAUUGAGCCAGAUGCUUGUGGUGUCUGCAAAGGGAACAACUCCACGUGUAAAAUCUUCAAGGGUCAAUACACCAAACAGCACUAUGUAAACCAAUAUUAUACGGUAAUCACCAUACCUGCGGGAGCACGUAGCAUUCAUGUGCAUGAACUAAACAUUUCCAAUGCUUACAUCGCCAUUAGAAACCUACAGCAGAAAUACUAUCUCAAUGGCCAUUGGACUCUUGACUGGCCUGGGCGACAUCGGUUUUCUGGGGCGAUAUUUGACUAUAAAAGGCCGUACAAUCGACAGGAAAGCCUUUCUGCCACUGGCCCCACUAAUGAAACAUUGGUGGUAGAGAUGCUACUACAAGGCAAAAAUCCAGGGAUUGGAUGGGAAUUUGCCUUGCCAAAGUCAGGGAUCGAGAAUAAAGCAGCUGCAAAACACAAUUACACAUGGGCCAUUGUUCGUUCUGAAUGCUCUGUGUCGUGUGGAGGAGGUCAGAUGACCACAAGGGUGGCGUGUUACCGUGAUCUCCGCGCACAAGUGAACCUCUCCUUCUGCAACUCAAGGAGUCGGCCUGCCACUGGAGUAACCUCUUGUAACCUCCAGGCUUGCCCUGCAAGCUGGGCUGUUGGCGAUUGGGGAGAAUGCAGCCAAACGUGUGGCAGAGGGGAGCAGCACAGGCAGGUCCGCUGCACUCGAAGAGUUGCUUACAAUAAGCUUGAAGAUGUGCACCAGAUGUUAUGCCCAUUUCCGAUGCCGAUGCAAAAGCAAGUGUGUAACGUCCACAACUGUCCACCAGCAUGGAGUGUAGGAGCCUGGUCUGAGUGUUCCCGGACAUGUGGGAAAGGGUGGAGGAAGAGGAGUGUUGUUUGCAAGAGCACAUAUUCUACUGCGGGUACACAGAUUCUACACGGCAGUUCCUGCAAAGCACAGCCGAAACCCAAGAGCCAGGAAACCUGCCUGCUGAAGCGUUGUCAUAAGCAUCGCAAAAUGCAGUGGUUUAUAUCUACAUGGACUGAGUGUUCUGUAACUUGCGGUAAAGGGAUUCAGAAGAGACACUUGAAGUGUGCAGACAAAGACACUUCUGGAAAGUACAAAGAGUUUGCUUACAAAAGAUGUAAUCACUUGCCAAGACCCAAUCUAGAGCUGGAGAGAGCCUGUGUUGUACGAGUGUGUCCAAAACCACCAAACGAGAUCGCUUUCAGCAACGCACUGACCAGCUGGUACGCCUCGUCCUGGUCUCAGUGCUCCGUUAGCUGCGGGGGAGGGGUGCGGGCUCGUGCAGUACACUGUCUUGCGUAUGGCAGACCCACCUCAGGCUGUCUUCUGCAUCAGAAACCAGCCACAACAGAAGCCUGCAACACCAAUUUCUGUCCUGUACCCGAAAAGAAAGAUGUUUUUUGCAAAGAUUAUUUCAACUGGUGUUACCUGGUACCACAGCACGGUGUGUGCAAUCACAAGUUCUACGGCCAGCAAUGUUGUAAAUCAUGCUCCAAGUCUAAUAUAUAAAAGAACAUGAAUCAAUGGAAUUUUCAUAUGAACAAGCUGCAGAUUUUAAUUUGUGUUGCCUCGGAUGGCUGAAGAAAUCAAGACCAUCAAGACUUAAACUUGCACAUGAGACAUGGCAUCAUUCUGCUCAUCAAUUAGUGGGGUAAAAGACAGUUUUUGCUUUAAAUACUUUACCACCACCAGAUCAGUGUAAUGUUUGCAGCCCUGUCCAUAUUGGAUCCUCGGAUUCCCACAUAACAGUGAACAUAACUGUACAGUAUCAAGGACUUCGAUGAAUGAAUGGAAGAUAUUACCAGCUAAAACUUUUCAUUGACCUGUAAAAUGUGGCCAUGUGUAACAAAUUGAACAAAGACUUUGAAAACCAGAAGACAAUUAACAACAUACCAUGCAAAUGCAGGCAGAGAACAGAGUGGGUUGGAGGAGUGCAGUGGGAUUGGAAAGAUAGGUGAAGUGAAUUUUUCCCAGCUUAUUUAUUUUACCUCAUUUAGAUCAACUGAUGACCAUUAAUGAAAACACACUGUGCUAAACUAAAACUACUGUAGCUAUUAUGCCAUUGUAGUGAGCCCUAUACCCACUGAUUUCACAAAGUGUUGGCCUUUAACUGAUUCAAUGGUGCUAUUUUUUUUUUUUUAAAGACCAGUAAGCACAUGUAGCUGUUAAUUAUCAAAUCAAACUCUCAAAAUAUUUACUUCUGUAGAAGCAGAUACAAAUGGUCUAUUUUGAGAGAAGGGAUAAUAAUUACACAAGCUCAUCACAGGACUUAAGGUAUUUUAUUUAUUUAUCAAAGUGAUAGGUCUUUUUAGAACUGGUCAUUGUUAUUGAAAAUGAAGUUCCACUCUGUGCACUACAGCUAAAUGUAUGCCAUAAUUGAGAGCCAGAGACUGACUUUAAUCUGUGUCACUCUUUUUAAAGUAUCAUUCAUUAUAGUACUUUCACAUUAUUAUUGUUGAGCUUCAUGGUACCACUAAAUUAACAAUGGUGCUUUCAAUUGCAACCCUAGUAUAAUUUUUUUAAAGCAAAAGUUCUAAUUUAUUUACAAUUAUCUUGCAAAAUUGUUGAUAUCUUUGCCUUUUGAAAGGAAAGCAAUGCAUGGUUUAAAUAAUCAGAAUUGUUGAAGUACCAUUGUUACUUUAAACUUUAUGCAAUUCUGUGCAGAAAUACUGUAAAAGUUUUUCACCCAGCUGUGAGAAAAAUAUUUAUGUUUUUAUGGAGUUUUGUAAUAAAAUUUCACUAAAAAUG